UAUGCGUGUGUGCAUUCGUUAAACCGUUCUGGUCAGAAGUUGAUCGCGCGGCUCGUCCGAUUGCACAAAUUUCUGAAGCUCCGGGGGUUUAUUUUUAGUACAAAGUGCCAUGUCGUUUUGGUACGAUACUCGUGGAUUUUUGCUGCGUAACAGCACUUUACACGGCCUCUGAUUUGGUGAAUAUACAGACACUGUUUUCCCGUUGAUUGACAGACUCGCUUGUUCUCCACCAUUCUCACCGUCGUUGUCUGCUGGGAUAAUUUACGUUAAUCCGUGAUCGAUGCGAUCCGCAAAUUGAUAUCAUACCACGACUGUAACAAACCAGCCAGAACUAUGAAGAAGUCACGUCCAAAUAUUUUUCGUGACAUUUACUAUCAACCAUAUAAUGAUUGCACCAGGAUGAACCUUUACACUAGCAGCAAAGCGAGUCUUCAAAUGAUGCAACGAAUGGCUUUGUUAAAGAGUUUAAGGGUACACAGAGGUUGUGUAAAUUCUGUGUGUUGGAAUGCCACUGGUGAUUUGAUAUUAUCUGGUAGUGAUGAUCAGCGUUUGGUACUUACAAAUCCUUAUUCAUACGAGGUGUUAACAACGUAUAAAACCUGUCAUAGAGCAAAUAUAUUCAGUGCAAAGUUUCUGCCCAAUAGUGGAGAUCAUCGGAUAGUUUCUUGUAGCGGUGACGGCCUUAUUGUGUACACAGAUUUAACGAGAAGAAAAGAAACGUUCUUUAAUCGUUUCAAGUGUCACAGUGGCACUACUUACGAGGUAGUAACAAUACCCGGUGAACCGCAUAAUUUUCUAAGCUGCGGAGAGGAUGGAACAGUGAGAUGGUUUGACCUUAGAAUAAAAGAGAAGUGUUACGCGCUAAGAUGUAGACAGGAUGUACUAAUUUCUUGCGAGAGAGCUAUAACUGCUUUGUCUGUAAAUCUUAUUUCGCCCCACCAAAUAGCAAUCGGUUGUUCCGAUGGAACAGUUAGAAUAUAUGACAGAAGAACGCUUGGAACGCCAGCGACGGGAUUGACAGACUCAACCGGAGUAGUAAAUGCCUUAUGCACAUUCACUGUACCGGAAUUUGAAGGGAAUUCUCACAGAAUGACAUCGUUAAGCUAUAGUCCCGAUGGGCAAGAUAUCCUUGCCAGUUACAGCAGUGAUCAUAUCUACUUGUUCAACAUAAAGAACCAAGGCAGUGUUCAUUUAAAGAAAGAUAUUGGGGUUGGAAAAGGAGAAGGGAAGAAACAAAGAUCACGAUCACCGUUACCAGUACGGAAAUUGAGACUUAGGGGUGAUUGGUCUGACACCGGUCCUGAUGCGCGGCCUGAACGCGAGGGAGAUCGAGGUAGCCGUAGACAAAUUGCUCAAGCAAGACCAGUGCUUCAUACGUAUUUAAUGCAGAGAAUGACGGCUGUUCUCAGUAGAAUGUUAAACGAUCCAGUCACCAGAGCCGCCUUAUGCGGCGGUGGAGAGGACAGCUUAGAGAGUGUGGUCAUAAAUCAAGUGAAUACUCAAAACGGUAACGAAAAUCCGGCGGAGAAUAACGAGGAAAGGCAAAAUACAGUCGAAGGAGGAGAAAGUUCUUCUGCUCAGAGUAACCAAGAAACAGGUAGUUUAUAUGUGUAUACAGUACAUUUGAGUCAACCAGACAUCGGAGAAGCGAGUGCCAGUGGUGCACAGAGCGAACCCGGGACAAGUCAAUCCGCGGAAUUUGAAGAGGCGACAGCGUUAGCGGAAGCGACGUCGGAAGCUACGGUUGCAGAUCAAUCCGUCGACGAAACGUCGCCGACUCACUGCAAAUCAAAUGUUCCUACGGAAACUUCAAAUCAAACGUUUUCACGGAAGAAGUAUUCUUCGGUACAGCCUUGUUCUUCGCGCGGUUUGAACGAACGGAACAGUGCGCCGGAAGUGGAUCAGAGUAGUAGCGAUGAGUCUCCGUGUGCCAGUAUGGAGAACAAACAGGAAGGUCACAUGAUGGAGAAUCUUCAAGAUAGACUGACUAAAAUGCGAGACGGCUUCCUAGAAAAACAUGGUAGCGAACCUGCUGUAAGUUUAACGUAUACGGAUAAAAGCUCGACGAGUGCAACCAUAUCUUUUGGUGUGGCGAACGAAGUGAUCCGCGACAGUUAUCACGCAGGACCGUCUGGAAGUAGUGGAACGAUUUCGGGCAGAAGUCAUGACAAACAUUUGCGAUAUAGUGAUAUACAAGAAAAGACUGAUGAAAGCGCUUUUAGUGAUAGCGAUGACGAUGAUAUAGAGCCUAGGGAAAGAUUGAAAAGUAGAGUGGAGGAAGAGGAGGAGGAAAUGGACGACGAAGGCAUCGACGAGGCUCGAUCGAGUCAAGAAUCGGAUGGCUACGAUAACUCGUACGGGACAGAGCUGCACGUGAAACAGAAAUAUAUGGGCCAUCGUAAUGCAAGGACCAUGAUUAAAGAAGCGAACUUCUGGGGGAACGAUUUCGUGAUGUCGGGUAGCGAUUGCGGCCACGUGUUCGUCUGGGAGAAGGAGACGGCGAGAUUGUGCAUGCUGCUCGAGGCGGACCACCAUGUGGUCAAUUGUCUGCAACCCCAUCCGUAUUUGCCCUUAUUGGUCACUGCCGGUAUCGACUACGAUGUGAAGCUGUGGGCCCCGAUAAACGAGGAGUCGAGCUUCGACGAGAAAUUUGCUGAAGAUCUGAAAAAACGGAAUGCUAUCAUGUUGGAAGAGACCAAAGACACAAUGACCGUACCUGCUGCUUUUAUGAUCAGAAUGCUGACAUGUCUCAAUCAGAUACGCAGAGGACGCGGUCGGAACAGGGGGAGGAGCGGAUACGAGUCCACCGAAUUGCGAGGUUGCUAAGCGGCUUUCGACGAAACUGCCAGUUUUAAAACGUCACUUGGACAACGAUAUGUCGUCUCGAGUGCCCAACGCCCAAUUAGUUAAUAGUUCAGAGAAACCCCCCCCUCACACACACCACACACACACACACACACACAUACACAUACACAUACACAUACACAUACGACACAGGCACACGAAAAAGAAAGUCGACAUCGUAUUUAUGAUUCAUCCGUGUAAUUCUUGAUUAAUUGUAAGAAUAUUUAACCCUGAUAAGCUUGCGUAUCUCGGUCCAUUAUCGGCGACAGAUAAGCCGCUUCAUUUUUUUUUUUGGUAUCUUCACGCUUUCUUUUUCGUUCGUUCGAUUCUAUUUAUACACAAAUGAAUCUCAGCUCUCGAAAAAUGUUUUGUUUCGCGGACCUUGGGGGAGGCAAGUUUACCCUUCCGACACUGUUUGUUUUUCGCGUCAAGUAUCUUUCUGUCCUUGUGUGUGCACGCGCACGCACACGCGCGACUGACAGCUACGAUUUGGUAUAAACCGACCACCGAGUGUCUUCUUACUUCUUAUUUUUGAGUUUCGCGUUGCGUACGUUUUUUUGUUCUUUUUUGGUAGUCCUAACUUUUUUUUAAAGCGAACACCGUAUACCUUAAUCCAGAAUGCUUUAACUCGUGAGUUUUGUUACCUACCUUUCUGUUGUCCCGCGGUGUUGUUAUCGAUAUUGUUUCUCUGUACCUUUUUAAGUCUCUUUGUACCGUGUUAGUUCCUAACGAUAACAACAUCGGGGUACAGUGAUCUGUCGUUGUAUGUUAUUUCCCGAGGGGGGAGACUUGUGUUCCUUUGGCCACGUUGUUAUAAACACUUUUAGUUACGAUUUCGAGCUCGACGCUAGGCAUUAGAGUUUGUUAGAGUUGCAAUUUACACCACCGUUUGGUCGAUCCAAUUAUUAGUCGAUAUUCGAAUAAUCGAUCCGAGUAACACGUGACGAGACAAUACUGUAAUCAACGGGAUGAAACAAAGUCUCCAACGGGUUUGUAGUGACCACCGCACGCGACCGCUAAUGUUGGACAUCACUUACAUAAAGUAUCGCUCGUAAUAAUACUCUUGUAACAAUAGAGGCCAAUUAACAGAUAGAUAACAGGUAGAUAAAGCGUAUACGGUUCAACGGUGCAUCAUAGGCUGUGUUCAGCGAACUCAAGCGUUGAAACAACCGUUGCGAAUCUAUCAGUGAUCAGUUCUUCUAUUUUCCUGAACGACAUUUGGGGUAGUGUGAUACAUUUGUAGUAGCUUGUGGCGCUAAAUUUAAACAGUUGUUACAAGUUAUAACAUGCGUGAACAAUAUUGUCUUCUAAUAAAAUAAUAAAAUAUUCAAAAAAAUGAAUGCAGCGUUGCUAAUUGCUCUGGACACUGGGUUGGACGUUGAUGUAAUUAAAAUAUUAUUGGACGAUGUAGGGCAACGUAUAAAUAAUUUAAUUAAACUAUAAUAAUUUAACAUAACUAAACAUGUCGAGAAGUUAG